CCCCAAAAUUAAACAAUGGAGUCAUCGUCUCCUUCAAUACUGAAAAUCUUAUCGGACGACAUCCUCUUAAUAAUCGGAUCUCUACUGAGCGGAGAGUCAGACCGGAAAUCAUUCCGCAGCACAUGCAAGACAUUUUACCGGGUCGACUCGGUCCAAAGAACACAUAUCCGGAUACUCAGACCCGAGUUCAUAUCAUCCCUCCUCUUUAAACUCCCACGCAUCAACUCAAUCGACCUCUCCGUAUGUCCACGCAUAGAUGACGUAGCUGUUUCUUCCCUCUUCCUAAUAAUUGAUAAUCCAAACACAGCCGCCCAGAUUUGGACACACAGGAUAAAGCGGCUGAGUCUGAGUCGGUGCUCCGGGUUGAGAUUCAACGGGCUAUCAAUGCUUAUGAAGAACUGCGUGAAUAUAGAGAGUGUUGACGUGUCUUAUUGUUCUGGGUUUGGAGAUCUCGAGGCGGCGGCUCUUUCUUUGGCUGCUGGUAUGAAGGAACUUAUAUUGGACAAGUGUAUGAAUAUAAGCGAUGUCGGAUUGGCUAAAAUAGCUGUCGGAUGUCCGAACCUCGAGAAACUAUCUCUCAGGUGGUGCUUCGAUAUCACAGAUAUUGGCCUUCAACUUCUAUCCAGCAAAUGUGCUCUUUUGAAACAUCUCGACAUUUCAUACUUGAAGGUUUCUAGCGAGUCAUUGCGUUGGAUUGGUGGAAUGAGGAGGUUGGAAAUACUGCAAAUGGUGGGAUGUGGAUCUGUGGAUGAUAAUGGAUUGCAUUAUAUUGGAAAAGGAUGCCCUUCGCUUAAGGUACUAGAUAUAUCAAGGUGUGAGAGGUUGAGCUCGUCGGCAUUAGUUUCAGUCAUCAAAGGACAUAAUUACAACUUAUUGCAUAUUUGCGCCAGCUAUUGUUUUUCUGAGCUUGACGGGAGUUUAGUGGAGCAGUUUAAGGAUCUAACGAGUUUGAAAGUGCUGAGGAUUGACGGGGCACGUGUUUCUGAUGCUACCCUCAAAAUAAUUUCCCAAUAUUGCAAUUUAUUAACAGAAAUAGGGCUUGGAAAAUGCAGUGUGACAGACAUGGGAAUUAUGGAUCUCGUCUCUGGCUGUCGGAAUUUGAAAACAAUUAAUUUAACAUGUUGUAGCAAACUCACUGAUUCAUCAAUAUUAGCAAUUUCGUACUCUUGUCGGGAUCUUUUAUGCCUUAAGUUAGAGUGCUGCAACUUACUCAGCGAGACGAGUCUCCGCUAUCUUGCUUCACACUGCACCAAACUUGAGGAGAUUGAUCUUACCGAUUGUUCUGGAAUUAACGACACAGGCUUGAAAUAUCUAUCGAAUUGUUCGGAGCUUGUAUCCUUGAAACUUGGACUGUGCACUAAUAUUUCAGACAAGGGAUUGUCAUAUAUCGCUUCGAAUUGCUUUAAGAUUCGGGAACUCGAUUUAUACAGGUGUAAAAAAAUAGGUGAUGAUGGGUUAGCUGCUCUGUCACGUGGCUGCAAAAAACUACGGAGACUAAUUUUAUCCUACUGCGAUAAAGUUAGUGACAGAGGGAUGGAAUAUCUGAGCUGUCUGGAUGAACUCUCGGAUAUGGAAUUACGAAGUCUUCCGAAGAUUAGUGGGGUUGGAUUGAGAAAACUUGCGGCUGGAUGCAGGAGAUUAUCUGAAUUGGAUCUCAAAAAUUGUCAAAACGUUGACGAUUCUGGAUUUUGGGCCAUGGCUUACUAUUCAACAAAUUUGCAGCAGAUGAAUUUCGGCGGAACUGGAAUAUCGGAUGUGGGACUAUGCAUGGUGAUGGGGAACUUAACUCGUCUACAAGAUGCAAAGUUAGUUAAUCUUGAUAAUGUAUCGGUAAAUGGGUUCGAGCUAGCCCUUAGAGCAUCAUGUGCACGCCUCAAAAAGGUCAAGUUGCUCGCCUCCCUUAGGCCACUUCUUUCUUCUCAAAUUAUCCAUACCUUACAAAUUAACGGUUGCAGGGUUAGAUGGGAUUAGUAGAUGUAUGUAUGUAUGAUCAUUGAUCACACGCGCACACGCACACACCCUUUUCUUCUUCCGUCUCGUUCACAAUGAUCUUUCUCUUAUUGAUUAAUGUCUUAAGAGAACAUGAAUUGAUGUCAUUGAUAAUGAUACUCUGUAUUGUAUGUCAUUA